ACAGUAGAAUAAUGAAUUAAAACUGUCGUAUUUACUCUUCGCAUUAUACAGAUUGACCACCUAGUCCUCAUUUGAUUUCGGGCUUAUAGUACUUGAGUAAUCCUGCUAUUUUUAAGAUGUCGGUGGUGGGUUUUGACGUGGGUUUUCUCAACUGCUAUGUUGCGGUAGCUCGAGCCGGAGGAAUCGAGACUGUGGCCAAUGAAUACAGCGACCGAUGCACACCAGCAUGUGUGUCUUUUGGACCACGAAAUCGGUCUAUUGGAGCUGCAGCAAAAAGCCAGAUGGUCACCAACUGCAAAAACACUGUCCAUGGAUUCAAGCGUUUUCAUGGUCGGGCUUUCUCAGAUCCAUUCGUCCAGAACUUGAAGCCUAGUCUCGUUUAUGAUCUGGCACAGAUGCCAUCGGGCACGACGGGCUUAAAGGUGAUGUACAUGGAGGAGGAGAAGGUGUUCAGCAUUGAACAAGUCACUGCGAUGCUCCUCACCAAACUCAAGGAGACUGCUGAGAGCGCCCUCAAGAAGCCUGUGGCUGACUGUGUCAUCUCUGUCCCCUGCUUCUACACCGAUGCUGAAAGGAGAUCCGUCAUCGAUGCAGCUCAGAUUGCAGGACUCAACUGUCUGAGACUCAUGAACGAGACCACUGCAGUGGCUCUGGCAUACGGCAUCUACAAGCAGGAUCUACCCGCUCCUGAGGAAAAGCCAAGGAAUGUGGUGUUUGUGGAUAUUGGCCAUUCAGGCUACCAGGUUUCUGUGUGUGCCUUUAAUAAAGGCAAGCUUAAGAUUCUUGCUACAGCCUUUGACCCUGAAAUGGGAGGAAAAUAUUUCGAUGAGAGGCUGGUCAAAUAUUUUUGUGAGGAGUUUGUCGUGAAGUACAAACUAGAUGCGAAGACCAAACCCAGAGCUCUGGUCCGGCUCUUCCAGGAAUGUGAGAAGCUGAAGAAGCUGAUGAGCGCCAACUCCUCCGACCUGCCGCUCAACAUCGAGUGUUUCAUGAAUGACGUUGAUGUCUCAAGCAGACUUAACAGGGCUCAGUUUGAAGAGAUGUGUGCUGAUAUUUUAGCCCGAGUGGAGCCUCCGUUGCGCAGCCUCCUGGAACAAGCUCAUCUGAAGAAAGAUGACAUCCAUGCAGUAGAAAUAGUGGGCGGUGCUUCUAGAAUGCCGGCCAUCAAAGAGCGAAUCAGCAAGUUCUUUGGGAAAGAGCCGAGCACAACGCUGAAUGCAGAUGAAGCUGUGGCCAGAGGAUGUGCUCUCCAGUGUGCAAUCCUCUCUCCGGCUUUUAAAGUCCGUGAGUUCUCGAUAACAGAAGUGGUUCCGUUUCCCAUCUCUCUUAAAUGGAAUUC